AGCAGUAGCCUGCUUUGUUUCCGGUUUCGUCAGCAGCAGCAGCAGUAUUGUGAACGAGCUUCUUGUUACUAAACAAUAAUAAACUUUGUGAACGCACGACCGUAAUUAUCACUUUGGGAAUCGAGAACUGAUCAUGAUCCAAGCUUCUUCAUAGUUUACCUGGCAGUUUUAAGUCGGAAGAAGCUGAACUUAUCCUUUUGGUAUAAGGAACUAGGAUUGUGGAGUUGAGGCACUACUGAGCCAGACUGGCUGGCUGCUCCAAACUCCUGUCUAUAGUGUUCAGGUGCUGGCCAGUUUUUAAAAGCAAGACCACAUCUGUUGACAGCUUUGGCAGCUCUGGGGUUAGGAGUGGAUUUCUUGUCCGUGCCAGCAUGAGUAUAGUACAGGAUUCUGGCUCGGAAGUAGCGCGCUAUGACUACACAGAGGAUGACUUUGUGCUACACACAGCGCCAUGGGCGGACGGCCAGCCCUCACAGCUCAGUCCGUUUGACAAGGAGCUGCACAAGCGCUGGGAUGCAGCAAUGGCCGCAGGAGCUUUCCGCUAUGGGAUUGACCACAUUCUGACCCGAAUUAUCCCGGGGUCAAAGGGCUAUGUUGGCCAGCUGAACACACUGAGGGCCACAGAGAGGCGCAAACCUCAAGAGAUCAGCAGCGUGUCGCAACCAUUCAACCCAAAGGCUUUCAACUUCACAUGGAUCAAGCCUGGAGAAGUAAUCUUUGAUCUGCACAACACCACGGAUGGUCCCUUGAAGAACGGUGACGCGUCUGCUGCAGGCGAGGCUGGCCAUGUCUCUGAUGGUGCUGUGACCAAUGGGCAUGCCCAAACUACUGAGGCCGCUCAAGUGUCAGCAAAUGGCGUCGAGCACUCAGCGGAGGGAAAGAAGAGUGCUGUCCAUCGACUUGUCAUCAAUGUGAGCCCCAUGGAGUACGGCCACUGUCUCUUAGUGCCUGAUGUCUUUGGUGAGAGGCCACAGGUUUUGACUUUAACAGCUCUCAAAGUUGCCAUCGAGACUCUGUUACUCUGCAAACAUAGGGGAGUACGGGUAGGCAUGAACAGCUUGUGUGCUUUCGCCUCUGUGAAUCACCUGCACUUUCACUUCUUCUACCUCGACUACGAACUCAUAGCGGACUAUUGCCCCGUGGACCACUUGGCUGGGGAUUACUACGAGUUCACCUCCCUCCCUUGUCCAGGCUUUGUAAUGCAACUACAUGGCACUACUGUAGAAGGAUUGGCCAGGUCUGCCCACAAGAUAAGCUCUUACCUUCACGAGAAUGACAUUGCGCAUAAUUUGUUCAUGUGCCGCGGCGUGGCAUUUGGUGAGAAGAGGGACAGCACUUUGACCACUAUACGACUUUUCAUAUGGCCGCGGAAGAAAUUCAUAGCUCAUCUUGAAGGCAAUAAAUCAUCUGAAGAGUUCAAUGUUGCUUGCAUAGAGCUAGGUGGUCAUUUACCCAUCAAAGAGGAAGCUGGCUACUACAACUUGACCGAAGAAGAUGUGGACAAAAUCAUCGAGACGGCCUGUCUGUCCGAGGAACACUACCAGGAGAUCAAAGCCACGGUGAUCAAGAUGGGGCAGGAAGUCUCGAACGCAUCUUGACUGGGGCUGCCGUCUUCUAGGUGUUAGAACUCGAUGCACAGGGAAAUGUUUUGGUAACAUUUUUGUAAGAAAAAUAACAUAACUUUGGUGGAUGUACAGAAUAGUGAUUCAUGGAAAUAUGUGGGGGUUUUUUAUAUAUAUUUUAAAAAAAAAUUUUUUUUUAAUUUUUAAAUUGCUAUAGAAUUUCAUAAAGCAAAGUAUAGAGAUGGAAAUGAGAAGCAUACUGUUUUUAUUUCCAUAUGGAAAUGUGGGACACAAUCGCAUGUUAUACAGUAUCGUAUUGUCUCUGUCAGUGGCAUGCUUCGUAUCUGCAGGAUUACUGGAUUUUCAUAAUUUGGUCUAGAUUUAAGAGGCACCGUGUAUGCUAACAACUGUAAAAUAGAAAGUGUUUUUUGAGAGAUGAAAAUGCGUGAAAACUUAUGUCUUGUGACGAAGAAAAAGAAGAAAACAACAACAACUGGGUUUUGGAAAAUGAAAUUAUGUACUUUGCCCUUUCAAGCGAUUUACAGUAAUGAUAUUAUAAUAUUUCACAUAAUCCACAAUCUCUUGCUGCUAUAGGCAAUUUUGUGAUCAUGCCGUUUCUGGUUGCCCCUAUGAACCAGAGUCAUUUAUAAUGUCUUCCUUUGACACCAGUGACCACCCAUGAGAUAGCCGUAUCACUGACAUUGUUUGUGACAUAGUUUGUGUGUUUGUUUGUGACAUAGUUUGUGUGUUUACUUGAUCACCCAACCACAGUGACAAUCUUUUGAGACAUAUUUCUUUUCUUUUUUUUAGGGGGGUUCAAAUUUGCUACCACUCAGUAGGCCUACUCAGAAUAGGGUAAUUUGAAGGCAUGUGGCAUGAUCUCCCAUCAGGACUCUGAGAAGAGGGGCAAUGUACAAGGAAAAACGAAAAGACCUGACCUCUUUUGAAUUUCAAACUUGUAAUGUCUUACUUUUUCUGCAGUUCUGAUUUAAAUGUAAUUAUGUUUAUCCAGAAAAGUUCAGUUGUAUGGAAAAGGCUUUUUUUUUUUCACUGGAGAAUAGUUUGUUUUUCUUUUGGUUGUUUUUUUUUUUUCCAGUGAACUUAUUUUAUAAUAACUGAAUUUGGCCAUAAACCAGAGUCUGGAAAUUGCAACUCUGAAAAAUACCCAAACGAACUGAAGGAUCAGACUUCUCCAAAUCUCCUUCCAACCAUCCGGAGAAUCUUGCAUGUCUACUGAAAUUUGAUGGUAUUGUCAAUUACCCCACGAGACGAAGAAAGUUAGGGUGAUUCUCCAACAACAUUUUUCAUUUGGGCUUCGAUCAGCAGCGCUACCCUAUCUAGUACUAGUACUGGCCUGCAGCUUUGUACAAAUCAUUUUCCUGUGUCAUAUGCAAUAGCAACUAUUCAUGUUUCUCCUGGGUUUGUUGUGACUGGAAUAGUUGAAAGGUCAACCAAAUUCAUCCAUAUAUGUUGUACUUGAUGGUACUUAUGGGUCUACUAAUAAUGGAGCGAAAAUACAUUGUAUGUUGUGGUUCAGCUGGGUCCAAUAACCCAGUGAAAAUGCUACUUUGUGCUUACUAUUUGGCUCUUUGGCGGAACUCACAACCAACUCACAAACUUUAAAAAACUACCAGUGUUAUACUUUUUCAGUAGUAUGUGUUCCCGUGAAAGCUGAAGUCUUGAUUUAACUCGAGUAGGUUACAGGCAUGGGAUUGUUUUUGGUUGUCUUGUUAUCUUUUAUUCUACUCACUGACUGGAGCAGUGAAUGCUGUAGUGUCACAAUGUGCCCCAGGAGACUCAGGGUAUUUUUGAGGCUCUUAAACUUCUGAAUUUUCAUUCGAAAUUACCUGGUCUUUGAGACGUGUUUACAACUGAAUUUUAAUUUAUUUUCUUAAAAGCUGUGUAACUUUUUUUUGCAAAUUCAUCAUGCCUUUUAUCGUAAGACACUCUUAAUAUGCUGGCUACCCAGUUUCUACUGUGGAAGAAUCUUGUUGAGCUGUUGUUUCUUGUGCCAGAGAGUUUGUUAACUCGUCAUUCAAAUAUGUCAUGGCUGGUUUGGUUCAACAAUAACAGUGUUGAUCUGUAUGUACAAAGAACUGUGGGUAAACUAAGAGUGAGAGGUGAAAAGGCUUUUUUCAUUGGGGGGAAAAUGUUAACAGACAAACCCUUUUUGCUUCCAUUAAAAUACUCAAAAUAUUUGUUUAAUAUCAGAGUUACCACUACCAUGAUCUCACGUCUGUGAUGUCAAUGUCAUGAUCGCAUUUUUUUAAUACAGUCUCACAUAUUCCACUGCGCUAACUUUCGUUGAAUUAAUAAAGACACCGGUUACUUAA